AUGGCUCGCACCAGGCAUCCAGCUCGCAGGAGGGCGUCGAGCAACGCAUCCAACGGCUCCAACGCCGCCGACAGCCGUCUCGCCAAGUUUAGGAAUGCCUUUGGAAAGGAUGGCGCCAUCUCCGAGUUUGUCUGGAAGUGGCGCUGCAAGCUGUUUGGCAACUCUGAUGCCAGCAGCAAAGAGGACUCUGCGGACGAGGAAGAGGUCGGCGGCGAUCCGGUCAGCAAAACCAUGUACGAGGGCCCCGACUCUUCAACGUGGAACUACAACUGGGUAGACUACCCCCCCAAGCAAAUCUCCAAGGCCACUGCGCGUGAGCACGGUCGUGUCGCCAUCAAGGUCUUCAAGGUCAAGGACCACGAGAAGCAGUGUAUCUCGGGUCGUCUGCCCCUCAAGUACCACAGCAUUCAGGUGCAGAAUCUGGCCGUCGUAUCUGCGCUCGCCCCGAUUUUCAAAAAGCAAGACCACCACAUUAGCGAAACCGAGUCGGCAACAUUCAAGGCCCCGUUUCACAUCCUGUUCUUCUGCCAGGACGAGAUUAAGCAGCUCUACAAUGGUCUCGCCAAAGAUGACAUCCUGGCCCCAUACCUCAAGCUCUUUGUCGACUCGAUGGAUUCCGUCCUCAAAGACAUGCACACCAAGCUGGAAAAUCUCGGCGGCUCUGGUCUCAUUUCCUUUGCUACCAUCUGGACCCUCUUCCCUCGCGGGACCACCGUCUACAGCACCGACCUAGAGUCUGAAUUCCUCUGCAAAGUCACCAAGGCAGACUAUGUCACCACGUCCUGCGGCGACUCGUUUCUCCAAAUUGGCGUCAAGGUUCUCCGCUUCAACGGCGAAUCGUUUGUCUGGGCGACCAAGAUGCUGCGUCUCAACAGCUUUUCCGGCAACAAGCCCAUCAAGCAGCUCCGCCACUACCCCAUCGGUUAUCACUCCGACAUUGCCACUGUAUACGACCGCCUCCAAAACCGCGGCAAAAUGAUGCUCGAUCUUCAAGGCCUGCAGUACCGCUGCUACAACAACGUCGCCCUGUACUGGCAAGAUAGCAAGUCGGUCAACAAGCACAACGUCGAGGGCCGCAUCCUCAUUGACGUCUCUGGCUACCAGAAAUACCAAGACGAUGACCUGCACCGCAACAGCAGGCGCAAGUCCUCCAAGCGCCGCAACGAGGACGAAGACGAUCUCGACGACUGGGGCAUCGGCGCGUGGGACGACUCUGACAAUGACUCCGACGCCGAGUCCAUCAAUCCGUUUUCAGACACAAGCUCCGUCACCUCCUACGACAGCGACGCCCUCGACUCGGACCAUGACCAGCCCGAGAAGCGAGCGCUCCGAAAGCAAAUUACCGAGUCGCAGUGCCAGCGCAACAAAGACAUGAUGCUGCGUCGCAAGGACGAUCUGCCGUUCCUUUACGGCCUCGUCGGCGGCUACGCCCUCAAGACGAAGCUCUGGGUCGAGUUCUACAUUGAAGACAUUGAGCCGCUCGUCUGGAACGACACGGCCUACUCGCACCUCGUCUACGACGAACAGCAAAAGGACCUCAUCCUCUCCUUUGUCCAGCACCACAGCUUCACCAACGUCACAGCCGCCGCCACGCCCACUCUCCCAGACACCACCCCCAGCGACUCUUCCUCGACAGCCAACGAAGACAUCAACCCCAACAUUCCAAAACGCACGCUCGCCCCCAUCGAGGACGUCAUUGUCGGCAAGGGCCAAGGCCUCGUCAUUCUGCUCUCCGGCCCGCCCGGCACCGGCAAGACGCUCAUGGCCGAGGCCGUCGCGGACCGCACCCACCGGCCGCUCGUGUACCUGCAGGCCGAGGACCUGGGCACGCACGCCGGCGAGCUCGGCACGCGUCUCAAGCGCUGCCUCACCAUGGCCGCCGAGUGGAACGCCGUCGUGCUCCUCGACGAGGCCGACGUCUUCAUGGCCGAGCGCGACCCCAACAACAUCCACCGCAACGAGCUCGUCAGCAUCUUCCUCCGCGAGCUCGAGUACUUUCGCGGCAUCCUCUUCCUCACCACCAACCUCUACCAGACCAUCGACCCGGCCUUCCGCAGCCGCGUCAGCCUGCACCUGCUCUUUGCGAGCCUCCCGCGCGACGCCCGCCGCAAGGUCUGGCACAACUUUCUCUCGCGUCUCGCGCCGCAGUCUCUGGCUGCUGCUGCGCCCGUUUCUGGCAAGGGCAAAGCGAUUGCGUCGGCGGCGGCGGAAGAUGCAGAGGUGCAUGAAGGCGAGGUCCCGACGCUGAGCGAGGCGGACAUGGACGAGAUUAGCCUGUGGCAGCUCAAUGGGCGUGAGAUCAAGAAUGCGGUCAAAAUGGUCCGCACCUGGUGCGACCACAAGGGCUAUGCCAUGACGCUGGACAGGCUGGAGAGCGGCAUCCGCGUGACGAACCCCUGCGCGACAAAGAGUGCCGAGGUGGACCAUGAUCUGUACAAGUGA